AUGGCCGACUCCUGGAGACUCUGUCACUCUGACCUGCAGUGUUGAACAUCCCUCUGCAGGAUGGAGGUUCUACUGGUAUAAGGCUGUUCCUCGAGUACCAGAAAUGUUUUACAACCGUAAGCUGCUUCCUGACAGCACCACGAGGACCAAACAGGAUUCCUACAUUGUUCAUGGACCAUCAAACACAAUGGGAUAUAUGUGCAGAGUUAAAAGAGGAGAUCCAGUGUAUGAAACUCUGCAUAGCCAUCCUAAGUUUGUCUGGUUUGGAGAUUUAAACUCAUCAGCGUCUCUCACAGUGACUCCUGACAGAGUGCAACACUUCUCCUCUGAGUCUUUGUCACUGAGCUGUAAGGGAAAAUCCACCAUAUGGAAAGUGAUGAGGUUUAGUGAAAGGGGCAUCCUGUCACCCUGUCAUGACUGGGGAACAAUGAAUGGAUCCACAUGCCACAUCCACACCUUACAGUACACUGAUGCGGUGUACUGGUGUGAGUCCGGAUCAGAAGAGUUCAGCAACGCUGUCAACAUCACUGUACAAUUGGCCAGGCCUGUAAGCUGGUUACCUCUUGUGCCACUGCUCACUGCGUUCCUCACUGGAGCUGCAUUGAUUAUCAUCCUGCUCUUGCUGUGUCACUUCCUGAAGUCCAAGUGCCCAUGCAUUGACAGUGUCCCGCAACCCCAGAGUGCCCAUCAGGAUGAAUGGGUCAACCAGGAUCAAACUCAAGAGCACAUAUACACCUCACCUCUUGAAG